UGUUUCAACACAUUUUUAUAAUUAUUUUUCAAGAAUAAUCAUUUAAACGUCAAACAUGACUCUUGGGUAACUUUCAAAUGGAAGCAAAACGUAUUCUUUGCAUGCGACCCUAUAGGCGUACAUACUCCUCAGCAGUAUCCUUGUGUGACACAUGUCGUGGGUAUAUAAUAACUUACAAUUUGAUUCAUCAUGCACAUAGAUUUGAUUAUCAUGUUAUAGAGUUAUGAUAUAUUCUUGUAAUUUAUGUAGUAAAUAUGUAUUUUAAUUUGACUACUACGCUCAUCACUGGCCAUAUUUUUGUUGAACAUUCACGGGUGAAAUGCCAUACAUUCUUUAUGAACAUGACUUUUGCAUAAUCUUAUUCCAUCAAAUGUGAUUUUACAUGCUUUUUUCUAUACAAUAGGGUAUCUUGUUACUGGGUUUAAGGUUCUGCAACUUGGAACUUGCAGUAAAUCCUCCCAAUAAUUUUUGUUUUUGACAAAAUUUAUGGGCGUGAUCAAUGUUUAUAAUGGUUCAUCUCUUUGCAUGAUCAUAUGCAACAAUGGCUUUAGCUUUUCACCGUCUUUGGAUAAAACCAGCUGUGCUUUUCCAAGGAAUCAGAGGAAGUUCAGUUGUAUGGCCUCUUCUCGAGCAGCUGUCAAAGAGGAGGGGAAACAACAAUUGACCGGGGAUUCCUUUAUCAGACCACAUCUUCGAGAAUUGUCCCCAUACCAGCCCAUAUUGCCCUUCGAGGUUCUGUCAACUCGUCUUGGUAGGAAGCCAGAGGAGAUUGUAAAAUUAGAUGCAAAUGAGAACCCAUACGGUCCACCUCCUGAGGUGUUUGAGGCAUUAGGGGCAUUGAAGUUUCCUUAUAUUUAUCCUGACCCUGAAAGUCGUAGAUUGCGUACUGCCCUUGCUAAGGAUUCUGGCGUUGAAUCUGACUAUAUUCUUGUAGGAUGUGGGGCUGAUGAGCUGAUUGAUCUCAUUAUGCGGUGUGUUCUAGAUCCAGGCGACAGUAUUGUUGAUUGUCCUCCGACCUUUACAAUGUAUGAAUUUGAUGCAGCUGUCAAUUGUGCACGUGUUAUAAAGGUACCUCGGAAGGUAGACUUUAGCUUGGAUGUACWAAGGAUUGCGGAAGUCAUUGAGCAUGAGAAACCGAAGAUCAUUUUUUUAACUUCUCCCAACAAUCCAGAUGGGAGUGUGGUCAGUGAAGAUGUUUUAUUGAAGAUACUUAAUCUACCGAUACUUGUUGUACUGGAUGAAGCAUACAUUGAAUUUUCUGGACUUGAUUCCAAAAUGGGAUGGGUGAAGAAGCAUGAGAAUCUUAUUGUUCUUCGGACGUUUAGCAAAAGAGCAGGUAUAUUUGAGAUUUUCCUUUAACCUUGUUUCCAUAAUCAUGUGUGACAGAAUGUUAGAACCAUUGAGCUUCGAGUAUGUGAAUUUAGUUAUUUGAUUAUGGUAAUUUUUUAAAAUAUUGGUAACUUUUCUAAGUUAGGCAAACAUAUGAUAAAUAUGUUGCUGCAUGGUGAACAUGUUGUUUAGGUUAUCUUUUGAACCAUGCUAUCAAAUCAACUUGAAUGGUUGUUAGUCUUUAUUAUUACCUUUGUAAGUAAGCAACAACGAGGUGAUGCAUUAUGUGUU